AUGGCCAUUGAAAGAUUGCCUGAAUCCAUUGGAUCUUUAAAGAAGCUCGAGACUCUAGAUGCCUCUUGUUGUGCAUCGUUAGCCCGCAUGCCCAACUCAAUAGGCCAUUUAGCAUCUCUGUCUCGACUUGAUCUAAGAGAAUGCAGGAAACUUGCUCAACUUCCGGACUCCAUAGGCUCCCUUGUGUCUCUCUCUUGGUUGUCAUUGUCGGGAUGCCACUCCUUGAGACAAAUCCCAGACUCAAUUGGAAAGUUGACAUCAUUGAUUGAGUUGCGUUUGGAAUCUAUGGCUAUUGAAGAAUUGCCUGAAUCCAUUGGAUCUUUAAAGAAGCUCAGGACUCUAGAUGUCUUUUAUUGUGCAUCGUUAGCCCACAUGCCCAACUCAAUAGGCGAUUUAGCAUCUUUAUCUCGACUUGACCUAAGAGAAUGCAAAAAACUUGCUCAACUUCCAGACUCCAUAGGCUCCCUCGUGUGUAUAUCGCAGCUGUCAUUGUCGGGAUGCCACUCCUUGAGACAAAUCCCAGACUCGAUUGGAAAGUUGACAUCAUUGAUUGAGUUGCGUUUGGAAUCUAUGGCUAUUGAAGAAUUGCCUGAAUCCAUUGGAUCUUUAAAGAAGCUCAGAACUCUAGAUGCCUUUUAUUGUGCAUCGUUAGCCCGCAUACCCAAUUCAAUAGGCCAUUUAGCAUCUUUGUCUCAACUUCAUCUAAGAGAAUGCAAAAAACUUGCUCAACUUCCAGACUCCAUAGGCUCCCUCGUGUGUCUAUCGCAGCUGUCAAUGUCGGGAUGCCACUCCUUGAGACAAAUCCCAUACUCGAUUGGAAAGUUGACAUCAUUGAUUGAGUUGCGUUUGGAAUCUAUGGCCAUUGAAGAAUUGCCUGAAUCCAUUGGAUCUUUAAAGAAGCUCGGGACUCUAGAUGUGGUUAGCCCGCAUACCCAAUUCAAUAGGCGAUUUAGCAUCUCUUUCGACUUAACCUAA